CAGAAGAAUAGAGUCACUCUACUUUUAAUGAGGAAACAAAAGACGUUACGAGACUCAAGUUGAAACACGUAUUACCAUAACUUGACAUCUCCCUAUCAUAAAGACAAAAGCUUCACUUUCCUUAGCCUUAGCCUUGGCCCUUAUUCCUAUUUCUAUAUAUUCAUUGUCACACAACACACAAACCCCAUUUGUCUCAUAAUCUCUCAGUAAAAAAAAAACAUGGCUUUUCCAAUAACCAAAAGCCUUUGUUUCUUCUCAUUCCUCCUCGCUUUCUCUACCGUCUCCGACGCACGGAGGUAUGGAGUCGGAGGUAGCGGCGCGUGGGUUCCAAAUCCCCCGGAAGAUUAUGGAUCUUGGGCUGGAAAAAGCCGUUUCCUAGUACACGACACACUCUAUUUUACAUACGCCAAGGGAGCUGACUCGGUUUUAGAGGUCAACAAGGCUGACUACGACGGAUGUAACACCAAGAACCCGAUCAAGAAAGCUGACGACGGAAACUCUGAGAUGUCUCUUGAUCGAUCUGGUCCGUUUUACUUCAUCAGCGGUAAUAAAGAUAACUGUAAGAAGGGCCAAAAGGUUACUAUCGUUGUCAUAUCCGUUCGAACUUCGACUCCGCCAGGUUCUUCAAUGCCACCUAAGUCUUCUUCUCCUGUUUCUCCAAUGACUUCUCCACCAGCACCUACGCCACCUAAAUCCUCUUCCCCUGUCUCUCCCUCCUCUGCUCCGGUGACUUCUCCGCCGGCACCUACGCCGCCUAAAUCAGCUUCCCCUGGUUCACCGUCCUCUGCUCCGGCGACUUCUCCGCCGGGAUCCUCCUCUCCUGUUUCUCCGUCGUCUGCUCCGGUGACUUCUCCGCCGGGAUCAAUGUCUCCGAUGACUUCGCCGCCGGGAUCAAUGUCUCCGAUGACUUCUCCUCCAUCACCUCCGUCCUCUUCUCCGGGUUCUUCACCGUCGGGAUCAAUGGCACCAAAAUCUUCUUCCGCCGGCUCUCCAUCUCUAGCUCCGGGAGGAUCUCCUUCCUCCAUUUCUUCUCCGCCGUCCGGGAUGGGUCCCACCGGAGAUGCUCCGUCAGGUUCGGCGAUGGGGCCUUCCGGAGAUGGUCCGUCAAGCUCCGGUGAUAUCAAUGCGCCGGCGGGAGCUCCAGACGAGAAAAAAUCAUCUGCGAAUGGUAUGACAGUUAUGUCGGUUAGGGAUAAAGGUGUUUGUGUUUUAGCUCCGGUAGGUAACUACCGACGUUUAUGCAGUUAG